GCGCAACCAAAACAAGUGCAGAGGGUAAACAGAGCGUGUUUAUUUUCUUGUUAAAUUUUCGUCUCAGCAUAGAAUUUGGGAAUGGGAAUGCUCUGUAUUUGUUGGUUUCAAUCAUUCCAGCUUUGAGCUCAACCUGUUUGCCAACAAGCUGACCGGCGCAGCUUGGUUUUAAAUAAUUUAGACAGAUACUAUAGUAUAGAAGUAAUGUCAAAGUCAAAAAAGCAAAAGAAGGAAAAGAAACACAAGGAAAAGAAAGAGAGGAGGAAGAAGCACAAGAAACACUCAAGGUCAAAAUCGCCACCCAUGAUUGGCCCCUCUUUGCCCACUGAAAUUGGUCCUUCAGUGGGACCGCUGCCUCCAGCAGUGCCCACGAGCAGCAUGGUUCCAAUGACCAAAGAGCAGUGGGAAGCUAAGCAGAGUCAAAUUAGAAGGGUGCUAGAUCCUGAGACUGGAAGAAUGAGACUUAUUCGAGGCGAGGGUGAAAUAAUUGAAGAACCUGUCAGUCGAUCAAGGCAAAAGGAGAUCAACAAACUAGCAACUCAAAAUGAUGGAGAAGCCUUCCAAAAGACUUUGGCUGCCAAGCUGAAAGUGAAAGUUUCGUGCCACAAGCUGAAGAGAUAUUAAAAUUUAAGUUUGUCACGGCAGGACGGCAGGAAUAUGUAUAUUAUUAAUAUAUUUAUUACAUAAAUGGGCUCAUUUUAAACUGCAUUAUUAUUUGUUACAAAGUAAAAUGCUUGGAAAAAUAUUUGUAUACUGACCGAUUUGAAUCAUUAUAAUAAAGAGAUUGAACCUGUGAAA